CUACAACUGAGCCCAAUCACGACGAAACUGGUUUGCCAGGGCAUUAUUCCAAUGGGCCAGCAAGCCAUCAAUUUGGCCAUCUCAAAAGAUGGCGCCUUCUCUUCUGAUGAUGCGGACAUCGGCAGAAUGGUGGAGACAUUUGCUGACAAGAACUACCCAUUCCAAACGGAAGAGGGGCUUACAUUUCUCCAAACAGUCCUCAACGAUAAUCGUGUUCGAGAAGUAGUUCGAUCUUCUUUGGAACGACCGGGUCUGGGCAUGUUCAAAGUCUUCGGACCGCAUCCGAGAACAGCCCGCGCCCUUCUGAACCGAACGACAGACGAAAUGCUCGCCCUCAACGUCCUCCUCUGUCGAAGUCGAUCACGGGUCAUUCUACAUGAAGGUUCUCAAAAAUACGAGUUGGAUGCAAAGCCUGGAGGAACCGGCCUGUUGGAGCUUCCACGAGAGGCUAUGGACGCACCAGGCAUCCAAGCCGAGGAAGUCCUGAUGAAUGAAGGCGGCUUGAUUAUUACGGACGGUCGCCUCUUUACCACGGUUCUGGAAGGGGUUGGGAUUGCCGUUGGAUUUGCGGCAGAGAAGGAGCUUGAGGAAUGGGGCAAGAUGCCGUGGCCGGAGUCACUUGAAAAGAUAGUUGCUGAAAUGGAGACUGAUGUAAUCAAAAUGAACUUCAAAUUUGUGGAGGACAGAAGGUCAAGAUGAGUAACUAAGGUAUUGCCACAG